ACGCUCCACCACACACUUUUUUCCUUUCACAUUUCUCAUUUUCAUUCUCUCUCUGAAACCCAACCCUCGAUCGAAGAAAUCAAAUCAAACACCUUCUCCUAUAUCUUCUCCACCACCAUCGCUCCCAAUCAUCAAUUCUCCAACAACCACAACUAACUCAUGGCAAAUGCAGCAUCAGGUAUGGCAGUCCAUGAUGACUGCAAGUUAAGGUUUAUGGAGCUCAAGGCAAAAAGGACACACCGCUUUAUAGUUUAUAAGAUCGAGGAGGCUCAGAAGCAAGUUGUUGUGGAGACGCUUGGUGAUCCAGCUAAAGGCUAUGAAGAUUUCACCAAGUGCCUUCCAGCUGAUGAGUGCCGUUAUGCUGUUUAUGAUUUUGAGUAUCUGACAGAAGGGAAUGUCCCCAAAAGCAGAAUUUUUUUCAUUGGGUGGUCGCCUGAUACUGCAAGGGUGAGAAGCAAGAUGAUUUAUGCAAGCUCCAAAGACAGGUUCAAGAGGGAGCUUGACGGAAUUCAGAUAGAGUUGCAGGCAACUGAUCCUUCUGAAAUGGAUCUUGAUGUGUUCAAAAGCCGUGCAAACUAAAUAACGAUUAUGAAUAGUAGAGGCUUUCUGGUGGGGGGAGCUCUCCGUAAGCCGUAGUUACUCAUAUUGAGAUAUAUCCAUAGUUUGUUGAUCGGUGAACUUAACUAGGUUAUUGUCUCAAACUCUCAAUUUUCCAAGUUGUGGCAUAAAGUGUAUUGCACCUUUGACAGACUUCUCCCGUUCCUGUGUAUUUUGUUAUGAUUUGUGAUUUAUACAAUCUUUGCGAUUGAGUGGCA